CCUUUCAUCAGCAACUCCAACUUCGAGGAUGGAUCACAUCUCGGCUCAUGCAAUGAACAUUCCUAUAGCUAUGGAGGGAAAUGCGUUGUUUUGAAGAAACCUCGACGAACUUUACUUGACUCUUCUUUUUUUUAACAGAACUCCCUGUAAUCAGUUGAACAUGUUCAAAGCAGUAUUUGGGAGGAAUAGGAAAGAAGAGAAGAGGAGCAGGAGGGAUCCAGUGGGAGUCACUGAUUACCACAGCCACAGCAUCCAACGAAGGGGUGCUGGUGCUUGGGUGACCCACUACCAGGAACCUAGCCAUGCCCACCACCCCCACCCCUCAAGGGGCAGGCCGAGGGGGAAGCUGGCUAAGGGGGAGUCCAUCUCCCUGCCUUCCUCGCCCCUGGUCCAUCGCCAGUCCUACAUAAUGCCCUCACAUAUGGGCAUCAAGUCCCCAGGUCCGUACAGGAAGCUGGAGUAUGUGGAGAGUCCUUCUUUUCCUGGAGAUGCGUUCGUCUUCGCUCUGAACAAUAGCAAGACUUCCCAGAGAGAGCUGCACGCGGAGCUCCAGCCCAGCUCCUCCUCCUUCUCAACCCAGGAACUGAUGACCAGGCUGGGCUUCUUACUGGGAGAAGGGACCCCAGCCUCGCCUAGCACCCCCAUGGAGGACCGGAGGGAAAAGAAGUGUAAUAUCUCUGGCCAGGCGGUGAGCCCAUGCUCCACAUUGACCUGCAGCACUACGUCUCCAUGCUCAGACAGCCCCUGCUCCACCCUGGGUAGUAGCAGCACCGGGGGGCCACCCUCCUGUCUUCCCAAUCCCAGCCCCAGCCCAGGUGGGACCCUCCUCAGCCCCAGUCCCUGCCGGAGCCCCAGCUCCACACUUGAGAGCCAGGAUAGCGGAAUCAUAGCUACCAUCACCAGCUCUCCUGAGAAUGAGGAUCGCGGUGGUUCCACUCUGGACCUGAGCAAAGACGGCAGCUGGAGGGGCGCUGGGCGUGGCGGGCACCAAGGCGACUCCUGCCCUCCUGUCGCCAAGGACGACCUGCCAGGACCCAGCGAGGCCCCGCCCAGGUCUGAAAUCACCAUCCUAGAGGCACCCAGAACUCCGCCCCCAGCCAAGAGGCCCUUCCCACAGCGCCACACGCACAGCACUUCUUCCCUGGUGAUGCCACGCCCUAACUCUGUGGCAGCCACUAGUUCCACUAAGCUGGAGGAUCUGAGCUCCCUGGAUGAUCAACGGAGUGCUGCUCCCCAGCGAAGCUCCAUCAAACAGCCCUGGAACAGCACAGGGGGAAGGGACGCCAAAGCGCGCUUCGCUCCCUUCAAAUCAGGCGACAUCGUGCUGAAGCCGUUGUUGUUUGAGGUUCCUGCCGACGCCAUGGAUGCACCGUUCCAAGGCCGUGAUUGGCUGUUCCAUCGGCUAGAGGAGGUCCUAAGGGAGAGUGACACCUGCGAGGGCCGUGGGGCCGUUAUCGUGGGCGAUGUGGGCUUCGGCAAGACGGCCGUCGUCUCGCGGCUGGUGGCUCUCAGUUGCCAUGGAGGUCACAUGCAACAGGUCCCCACCCAGAGCCCCUGCACCUCCCCCAAAAGUGGGGAUAGGGGGACAGACGGAGCCUCCAAACAGCCGCCCCAGCCCAGCAUCCCCACCACAGACCCCCAGCCCAGCGAAACAACCUGCCCCGGGACACCAGAGGCACACCGAGACGAUGCUGUCAAACGCCUGGCCAGCAAGGUGGUGUCCUACCACUUCUGCCAGGCUGACAACACCUACACCUGCCUGGUCCCAGAGUUUGUGCACAGUGUCGCCGCCCUGCUGUCCAGAGCGCCACAGCUCAGCGGCUACAGGGAGCUGCUGCUAAAGGAACCUCAUAUACAGAGCAUGCUCAGUCUGCGCUCCUGUGUCCAGGACCCCAUCGCUGCCUUCCGCAGGGGAGUCCUGGAGCCCCUCGUCAACCUGCGGAAGGAAAGGAAGAUCCCGGAAGAAGACUUCAUCCUCCUGGUUGAUGGUUUGAACGAGGCAGAGUUCCACAAGCCGGACUACGGAGACACCGUCGCUUCCUUCAUCACCAAGAUCGUCUCCAAGUUCCCCUCCUGGCUCAAACUGUUGGUCACUGUCAGGACCUGUCUGCUGGAGAUCACCACCCUCCUACCCUUCUCCAGAAUCUCACUGGACGACUUCCCAGAGAGCAGCGAGAUCGGCGGGGACCUUAGCGACUACAUCCAACACCGGGUCAUCGUCAGCCCCGAGAUUGCCGCCAACGUCACCACGCCCAACGGCACCGUCCCCGACCCCCUCCUCCUCAGCAAGUUCAACACCCACCUGGCCUCUCGCAGCCAGGGCUCCUUCCUCUACCUAAAACUGACCCUGGACCUGUUCCAGAGGGCCCACCUGGUUCUCAAGGGAGGCAACUACAUGGUAGUGCCCGUCUCUCUGGCUGAGGUGUACCUGCUGCAGUGCCAUGCGGGGUUCGAAGGGGACCAAACCUUCGAGCGGGUGCUGCCCGUACUCAACGUGGUGCUGGCCUCGUUACACCCGCUGACGGACGAGCAGCUGUUCCGGGCGCUGAACGCUGGGGGCGUGAGAGGAGAGAUGUCCUGGGAGGACUUCCAACAACGCCUGGAGACCCUGGCCUGCGUCCUGGUGAGGCGCAGGGACGGCACCCGCAUGCUCUUCCACCCCUCCUUUAGAGAGUGGCUCGUGUGGAGGGCGGACGGAGAGAGCACCCACUUCCUCUGUGACCCCAGGAGUGGCCAUGCUCUGUUGGCCUUCAUGUUCUCCAGACAGGAGAGCAAGCUGAACCGGCAGCAGACCAUGGAGCUGGGACAUCAUAUCCUGAAAGCACACAUCUUCAAGGGUCAGAGUAAGAGGACAGGUGUGUCCUCCAGUGUUCUGCAGGCUCUGUGGGUGAGCUGGAGCACUGACAGCCUCUCUGCCGCCCUGGCCUCCCUCAGGAAUCUCUACACACCCAACGUCAAGGUGAGUCGUCUGCUGAUGCUGGGCGGGGCGAGUGUGAGCGGGCGUUCAGAGGUGCUUGGUCGUUCCCCUGUGCUGGGUGUGCACGCCCACCUGGGUCACCUUGAAAUGGUGUCCCUGCUGCUGGAGCUGGGAGCGCCCGUAGACGGAGCCUCGGACAGCAGCAUGACCCCCCUCUGUCUAGCCGCCGCAGCAGGACACACAGGACUGGCCAGCCUGCUCUGUAAGAAGGGAGCCAAGGUGGGCCAUGUUGAUAAGAGUGGUCAGUGUGCCCUGGUCCAUGCUGGGCUGAGGGGCCACCCAGACAUCAUCCACUACCUGCUGAACCAGGACUGGGGCCCCACAGAGGCCCCGGAGGGCCAACAGCAGCAUGGUGUGAAGAGCAGUGCGAAGGGCCAGGCCUUACAACAGGCCCUGACGGCCGCCUGUAGCAUGGGACACACUCACGUUGCGAAGAGCUUACUGGAGCUGAAAGAGGACGAUUUGGCUGUGCAGAUAGACGCUCCCGACACGCUUUGGGGAGAGACGGCUCUGAGUGCGGCUGCAGGCAGGGGCAGGACAGAGACGUGUGUUUUCCUGCUGGAAAGGGGUGCGGGGGCAGAGCAGCCCAACCGGAGGGGGGUGGUCCCACUCUUCAGCUGCAUCAGACAUGGACACCCCCAGGUAGCAGAGCUGUUUCUGCAGCGCGGUGUGGACAUUAACACCAUCGAUAAGCAGGGCCGCAGUUUGCUGAUGGUGGCAGCCAGCGAGGGCCACCUCAGCACUGCGGACUUCCUGCUGACAAAGGGUGCGUCUUUAGCCUCCGUGGAUAAGGAGGGCCAGACAGCUCUGAGCUGGGCGUGUCUGAAGGGUCAGAAGGGCGUGGUGCAGCACCUGGUGGAGAUGGGGGCAGAGAUAGACCACCCUGACAGGAACGGGCGUACCCCUCUCGACCUGGCAGCUUUCAACGGUGAUGCAGAGAUGGUUCAGUACCUGGUGGAGAAGGGUGCAGUGGUGGAGCAUGUGGACCACAGUGGGGUGAGGCCUCUGGAGAGGGCUGUGGGCUGUAGGAACACUGCUGUAGUGGUGACCCUACUGAAGAAAGGGGCCAAGCUGGGCUACAGAACAUCCCCUUAUGAUCGAUCAGGUCAUGCUACGUGGGCGAUGGCCACAUCGAAACCAGACGUCCUCCUCAUCCUCCUACAGAAACUCAUGGAGGAGGGCAACCUGCUGUAUAAGGUGGGUUAACAACAAAAGGAAAACCUGAUCUCUCUCGCUGUGUGUGUGUGUGCGCGCCUGCGUGUCACUGUCUGUCAUGAAAGUGUGUCCAGUUCGAAAAUCUGCUAGCCCCCUUCUCCAAAUCAAUGUCCGUAUUUUCUGUCUCUCCCUCCUCUCCCUCUC